AACUAAAUGAAGAGUAGAAGAAGAACGAGCAGCAACCCGCUCCCGGCACCCCCGAAGAAGAAACCCAGGAAGUGCUCUGCUGCUGCGUGUCUACUGGAACACCGGACACCGGACACCGGACACCGGACACCGGACACCGUACCGACUACCGACUACCGGAGCCCUGCGUCUACUUCCUGUGACCUCUGACCUCUGACCUCUGACCAUGGUGCUGAGGGAGAUCCCGGCUGAGAACAUCGCCCGUCCUCUGGGCAGGAACGAGGUCAUCGGCCUGCUCUUCCGACUCACCAUAUUCGGAGCCGUCACCUACUUCACCAUCAAGUGGAUGGUGGACGCCAUCGACCCCACCAGGAAGCAGAAGAUGGAGGCUCAGAAACAGGCGGAGAAGUUGAUGCGUCAGAUCGGAGUGAAGAACGUGAAGCUGUCUGAAUAUGAGAUGAGCAUCGCCGCUCACCUGGUCGACCCGCUCAGCAUGCAGAUCACGUGGAGGGACAUCGCCGGUCUGGACGAGGUGAUCACAGAGUUGAAGGAGACGGUGAUUCUACCUGUUCAGAAGAGACACCUGUUCCAGGGAUCCAGACUGCUGCAGCCACCCAAAGGUGUGUUGCUGUACGGGCCUCCGGGUUGCGGUAAAACGCUCAUCGCCAAGGCGACGGCCAAGGAGGCGGGCUUUCGUUUCAUCAACCUGCAGCCGAGCACGCUGACGGACAAAUGGUACGGAGAGUCCCAGAAGCUCGCCGCCGCCGUCUUCUCGCUGGCCGUCAAACUGCAGCCGUCCAUCAUCUUCGUCGACGAGAUCGACUCGUUCCUGAGGAGUCGGUCCAGCUCGGACCACGAAGCCACUGCCAUGAUGAAGGCCCAGUUCAUGAGUCUGUGGGACGGACUGGACACCGACAUCCACUGCCAGGUGAUCAUCAUGGGGGCCACUAAUCGUCCUCAGGACCUGGACUCUGCUAUUCUGAGGAGGAUGCCCACCAGGUUCCACAUCAACCAGCCCAGUGUGAGGCAGAGAGAGUCGAUCCUCAAACUCAUCCUGGAGAACGAGAGCGUCGACCCGUCAGUUGACCUCGUUGACGUUGCCAAGGAGACCGACGGUUUCUCAGGAAGUGACCUCAGAGAGAUGUGUCGCGACGCCGCUCUGCUCUGCGUCCGAGACUUCGUCCACGCUCAGAACGACAGUCCAUCAGAAGACUUCAUCCGUCCGAUCCAUCAGACCGACCUCCAGAAGGCCAUCGGGAAGAUGAAGAAAUCCAAGAUGGCGGGUGGUCAUGGCGCUCUGUUGCACGCUGCCUUGGACUGAACACACACACACACUGAUCACAUGACGAUCACAUGACGACCUCAGCCUGCAGUGGAGGGUUUGAUUCCGACCCGACCGACCGGUUCAUCAGCUCAGCCGUACGUACCUUUUGUUGUUGUUUUUUGGAUCAGCUGAUGUCGGACGUUAAUAAACAAACCCUCAACCUGA